AUGCUGCGAUCUGUACCGACUGGAACGUGGAUGCCCGCUUGGGCUCCCGAGUCGACAGCACUUUUGUCAGUGCUCCUGCUGCUAUGCUCAAUCGUCCAGUCGACGACGGGAGGCUACGAUGGAUCAAUGUUAAACGGCCUCAAUAUUUUGCCGUCAUAUACUGAUUACUUUAAGCUCACGCCAGCUACCAAGGGCCUUAAUACAGCGUCAACGUUCAUUGGCGGCUUCAUUGGUCCAAUUUUUGCGGGAGUCAUCGCCGAUCGCCUGGGGCGCCGUCCAGCUAUUUUCUGGGGAACAGUGGUGACGCUCAUUGGUAUCAUUCUACAGGGCGCGGCCCAAAACAUUGCCAUGUUUGUCGUUGCUCGCAUUAUUCUAGGUGCAGGAAGCCAAGUUUCUGGCAUCGCAGGAAUUGUGUACCUGAGUGAAACAUUUCCCAGUCGCUGGCGGACAUGGGGUUUAGGUGUGAGUACCUUUCUCAGGAUGCGACAGAAUGGGAUUCAUCCGAGGCUGACGAGGAACAAGCUCCUCAACAAUUGCUACUACAUUGGCGCACUUAUCGCCGCGGGCGUCACUCUCGGAACCAGCAAAUGGCAGUCAACCUGGGCAUGGAGAGCCCCUUCCUUGUUCCAAGCCAUUUUCUCAGUCAUCUGCUUGCUCUUUCUACCAUUGAUUCCGGAAUCGCCUCGCUGGCUCGUUGCCAGAGAUCGAUACGAGGAUGCGCGAGUGGUUGUUGCGCUGACGAAUGCGAAUGGUGACCUACAAGACCCAGUGGCCAUGGCGGUAUACAAGCAAAUUGUCGAUACCCUCGAGUGGGAGAAGAAGGAAGGCCGCACCAUGAGCCCCAAGGAAAUCUUCAAGACACCGACGGCGCGGAAGCGUGUGUUGAUAGGAGGAUCCGCAGGGCCAUUCUCUUGUAUUGCCGGCAACAUUAUUGCAAGCUACUAUUUAGGCGAUGAACUCAAGACGGCCGGUAUUGACAGUUCAAAUGACCAGCUCAAGGCAAGACUGAUGGAGCAGAAUGUCGUACUCAAUUCCUUUUGUCUCCUCGCCUGCCUUUUCGGCACCCAGCUAGCAAAUGUUUGGGGUCGCAAACCGACCGCACUACUGUCACAAUCUUUACUCAUCGUAUGUCUGUUUGUCAUUGGAGGAUUGUCCAAAAUGUACGCCGACAACAAGAUUGGCGCAUCACAAGGCCUUGUUUAUGGCAAUGUUGCCGUCAUGUUUCUUUUCCAAGGCUUCUACUCCAUUGCCUGGACGCCACUUCUCACUCUAUACCCGCCCGAGGUCAUGCCCUAUGCUACCAGAGCUAAUGGAAAUGCUCUUUCAAGUUUUGUGUUGAAUGGGCUGGCACUGCUGCUUGUUUUCGUCAUGCCAAUUGGCCUGGAUAGAAUUGGAUGGAAAAUGUACAUGAUCAAUGGUUCUUGGGACAUUAUAGUCUUUGCACUAAUAGCGGUAUACUGGGUAGAGACCAAAGGCAAAACCUUGGAGGAAAUCGACGCACUCUUUGAUGGUGGCGUGCAUUCAACAGUCCAAAACGUCGAAGAUGUCCGCAAAGGACGAGAGAUUCUGGACUUUGGAAAAAUUGAAAAAGACUUACAAGAGGAAGUUGGUUUGAGGAAGAGACUUGAAUAG